AUCUGUUCUGUGUGAUUUUGGUAACAGGAGAUGACGUCAGAAAUUGUUUUUUCAGAGUGUUGCAAAUUAAAACAAAGACAGUGGAUUCUACCCAGGUGCUUUUGUCAAUGUCUUAGGACAUUUUUUGUCGGAUUUAUCGAGGUAAACUGGAUUCCUAAUGUAAUGUGACCACUGCAAGACAGGAAAUAAGUAGUUUGUGCAGUCUUUUCACGGGGGCUCUGCAGUUAGGAACUUUCUUCAGAAGCUACGCAACUGUUGCGGUGCUUCCUUUGUUACUUGCACAGGUCUGUGAGAUAGAGAUAGUUUGAUGUACGAUGGCUGUUUAUAAUUUUAAAGAUCUCUUUCUAGUCAGAAGAAUGUUUGAUAGUAGCUUAUUUUUCGUAUCCACAAACAAUGCGACCAACGCCAAGGCUCAUGGAUGCAAUAACGGGGCCCUCAUGGACAGAUUCGGGGUUCUUAUCCAGGGUCUACUAGCAAUUGUUGCCUUCAGUACUUUGAUGUUAAAAAGGUUCAGAGAACCCAAAGGGGAGAGACGGCCAUGGAGAAUUUGGUUUUACGACACUUCUAAGCAGGCUAUUGGUGCCCUUUUUAUCCACUUUGCAAACGUGUUCCUGUCAAACCUUGCAGAGGAGGACCCAUGUUCUCUAUACUUGAUGAACUUCCUGCUGGAUGCUACUCUGGGAAUGCUGCUGAUCUGGGCUGGAGUGAAAGCUAUCUCCUGUGUCGUGGAGUAUAAGCAGUUCACACUGCUAACCUUUGGGGAAUAUGGUGACCCUCCUCAGGCUGCCGCAUGGAUUGGACAGUGUGCUCUGUACAUGCUUAUCAUGGUCUUUGAGAAAACUGUGAUAAGUCUUGUUCUUCUUAUUCCUGGUUGGACCAAACUUCAAGAAGUUCUGCUGGAUUCCAUCCCAAAUCCACAGCUGGAGCUGGUGCUGGUGAUGCUGAUUGUGCCUUUCAUAGUCAACGCAAUUAUGUUUUGGGUUGUGGACAGCUUAUUGAUGCGAAAAUAUAAAAACAAGACAACCCCAGAGAGUCCAGAAAGCAGUAAAUCUGUAGAGGUUUCAACAAGGAUAGUCGCUGAAGAGUCACAGGUGCUGUUGGCUGCUGGAAAUGACACUGACCCAUCAGAGAGUGAACACGAAGGAGACGUCAUACAAGAUCCCAGCAAGAUAAAGAUAAUGGACUCGUCUUACUGUCAACAGGUGUAGAUGCAAUCCCCUCCAGCAAGGAGAGAACAGCCUUUUGAAUGCUGUUUCAACACUCCAAACAAUGUCUAAUGUCCCUCUUGAUUCCCUGACAUUAUACUUAGUAUGAUUGGUAGUUAAGCUUAAGUACACAUUUUGCUGUGACUGAAGAACAUACAGUAUUAAACAUAGGCCUUCCAUGUUCUGAGCAACAACUAUAUGUAAAACUUAAGUCUGUAUUUUACAUAGCAUUAUGUGAAUUUGUUAUUAUAUACUGUGAAUUCAGUCUAGACACGUGACUUAUUUUUCAGAUGCAGACCAUGAACCUUCUACUGUGACUUGAACCUCUCUGGUGGAUUUAUGCAGGUUGACAGUACAAUUUUCAUUGGUGUGCUCUGCCAAGUUAGCUCCAAGUUUGCCAAUUAGUAAUAACAGGUUGAAAUGGGAGUCUUAUUUUUACCUGAAUGUUAACAAACAAAAAGAAUACUGUGUGUUUCAGCUAAUGAAAGCCAAAGCACUGUAUAGAACACUUAUCAAAUGAUUUUGUACAUUCUUGUUCAUUUUCUAUUAAAUGACUAUUUUGUUGCAAUAAAAAAUAUUUCAUAUAUUUUUAACCUUUUCAUAAACUGAAAACAUAUAGUUUAUAUUUUGAAAGUAUCGAGUAAAUCAAGAAAGUUUAAAUUUACCUCCCUUACUGUAAAGCACAAUAAUUUGAGUUUUCAUCACAGACACAACCACGAACAGACAAUCUAUUCUGAAUAGAUUGGAGCACAGUAUUACAGUGUUAAUGUUAUCUGUAGUAGCCACAAUCAAAUUACAUUUUUGUGUACACAUGCAUAUAUUUUUACAUUGCUGUUGGAAACAUUAUGGAAAAUACAUUUCGAACGGUUUAUUCUGAUAAAAAAAAAAAAAAAAAAAUUAUGUAUGUAGUGUCUUUUUUUUGUUGUUAUUCCCAAGUGCCAGUUCUUUAUGAUGGAUUACAUUGAAACUGAUAAUAAUCAGCAUUGUGAAAUAACCUGUCGUCUUGUUUUUGUUUGUUGUUUUGACUGCAUUCUAGUAAUUGAGCAUCCCAUGUGAGUGUGUGCAUGAUUAGAUUGCCCGUGUUUCUGUGACCACACCAGUAUGACUGACAGCAGUCCUGCUAGUGCAGGGGUGCACAAAUCUGAUCCUCUAGGUCCAGAGCACUCCUGAACUUUGUUCCACCUAUACAUGAAGUUAUUUAACUUUUCAGGUCUUUAUGUUAAUUGUUUAAUGAUACCUGUAAUAAGCCUGUUGAUCCCUAUCUUAGAAUUUUAUCUGUAAAACAGCUUUAUCAACUAUAUCAUAUAAAGGUGUUUUGUUUAGUUUCUUGAGAGAUUUGAUAGAUUAAAACCAUGUUGCAACCAAAAGGCUUUGUAUGAGGUGCAUUGUGUAUU